AUGAAGCUUUUCACGCAACUCGUUUUGAAUGACUUGGCUAUUACCUCUUCAGCAAACAGCAUACAGGACGAUAUCACCUACAAGCCUGUAGAACCAUUUCAGCGUUCUGACAGUGGAGGUUUGUUUACCGUUAAGAAUCUCCCAACUUCGACGUCUGGUUCAGAACCACCUGACCUGUACCCUCCUGGCAGAAUCUACGACCUGGUGCUGGUAGCAGUUAACACUGAGGACAAAACUGUUACCUUGUCCUGGACAGCGACUGGUGAUGAUCUGGACCAAGGAAAUGCAUCGAGUUACAUUAUUCGCUACAGCACAUCAGUCUCACAACUCCGACUUAACUUCAGUAACACAUAUAUACUCCUUGACAAGGAUCUUAUCCAGGGAAAACUUGAUUCACCCUUGCCAGCAGGUGCAAAAGAAACUUUUCUCGUCCAAUUCAACCAAACAGUCAAAUCAAAUAUCACGUAUUUCAUUGCGCUAUUGGCAUUAGAUGACAAAAAUCAGACAGGACAAUUGUCGAAUAUCGUCUCGGUAUCUUUUGUCUACAGUUAUCCGUUACCCCCAGCAGCGCCAGUAACAAGCACGGAAGCAACCACUGAAGCAAUAACCACAACAACUGUGUAUACUACCCAAGAAAGUACUACAAAUGAACCAACGACCCAUGGAAGAACAACUGAGCCAACUUCUCAAGAGAUCACAACAACUGAGUCGACGACUCAAGCGAGCACAACAUUUGAGCCAACGACUCUAGAGAUCACAACAACUGAGCCAACUACUCAGGAAGCCACAACAACAGAGCCAAAGUCAAACAUCGUGUCUGUUUCUUUUGUCUACAGCAACCCCUUUCCUUCCCCCGAUAUAGCAACAACAUGA